UGCCCUGGUCCAGGUUGCCCGUGUCUAACGAGGUCCUGGGUCCAGGCCAUUCCAUGUCAUUCCCAAAUGGCUUGCAUAACCCGCUGCUCUACGAGUUGUAUUCUCCCUCGCCGCUUGAUGAAAUUAUACACAUAUGUGUAUUGGAACAAGUCGUUCGAAGUUUCAUGGGGUGUUGCGCAAUCUGAGAGAGUGUUCAAGCCCAGAGGUGUCCUGUCUGCUGCCCAAACGAUGCCACAUUCAUUGGAAGAACAAGUCCAGUUUCGGUCUCAAGUACGAAUUGGGUAGACAGUUGUCGGAUGGUUUUAAUAACUUGUUUCCUCUGAUAGUGUGGCUUGGGUGGUUGCUGUCCGAGCAGGUGAAAGUUCUGCACUUCAACAGCCGCUCGCGCCACGUUGGAUUCUUUUAUAUCCCCCUCGAGAGGGUACUGACAACGGACACUAUGAGAAGGUGGAGAACCGCGGUUCUAACCACUUGAUGAAAACAGUUAUCAAGCGUGCUCGCUUAGGGCAAUUAUUUGAUCUGGUCAAGCUCGACCUUGAUCGCACCGGGA